GGGAGGGAAGGUCAGAGACUGCGAAAACUAGGUAUGGGGAAGAAGUAAGGAAGAAAGUAAAAGAAGAUGCAUGAGAAAGAGGAAGGAAUAAGAAAAUCUGCACAGCUCACAUGAAAAUAAGGAAAAGAUUUAAAACCAGAGCCUGGAAGUCCCUCCCAUCCAAGCCCCACUCCCUCGAACGCCGAAGCGUGCUUUAGCCGUCUUUGACCACGAGGUGGCACUCUUUGAACCGCCUUUUCCCUUAAAAAUAAGACGGGGUUGGGGGGGUAGAGGGGAGGGAGAAAAGGGAAAGCACUCCCCCGACCAAGAACAAUUUGAAAACCCACCCCAUAAUAUUUAAAAUCUGGGACAAAGAACCGUCGGGACGGAGCUGCUUCAAUUGCAAAACCUCCGCGCAGCCUCCCGAGCGCCCCGCCGAACCGAGUCGAGAAGCAGCCCCUUUAAAAAAGCGGAGUACAGUAUUGGGAUUCUUGAAACCUGAAACCCAGAAACAGAAUCGAAGCGGAAACUAGAAGGAAAACCUUGAACUCCUCCAGACAAUUGCUUCCGGGGAGUUUCAAGAGAGCGAGGGGGAAUAAAGGACCCGAGCGGGGGGCCAUCGCAUGGCGCGUCCCCGAGGGUCCUGGGCGAGCUCGCCGAGCGUGGGAAGUAGAGGACGCCACCCGCUUUCGGGGCUGCGGGUCAUGGCCACCGUGGAGCAGAGAGCCCGCGGGAUGGGCUUCAAGUGUCUCUCUUUGGCCACUUUUGUGCUCAUCUGCGCCGGGCAAGGGGGACGCAGGGAGGAUGGGGGUCCAGCCUGCUACGGGGGAUUUGACCUGUACUUCAUUUUGGACAAAUCAGGAAGCGUGCUGCACCACUGGAAUGAAAUCUACUACUUCGUGGAGCAGUUGGCCCAUAAAUUCAUCAGCCCACAGCUAAGAAUGUCCUUCAUCGUCUUUUCUACUCGAGGAACAACCUUAAUGAAGCUAACAGAAGACAGGGAACAGAUCCGUCAAGGCCUAGAAGAACUCCAGAAAGUACUGCCAGGAGGAGAUACUUACAUGCAUGAGGGAUUUGAAAGGGCCAGCGAGCAGAUUUAUUAUGAAAACAGUCAAGGGUACAGGACAGCCAGUGUCAUCAUUGCAUUGACCGAUGGAGAACUCCAUGAAGAUCUCUUUUUCUAUUCAGAGAGAGAGGCUAACAGGUCCCGAGAUCUUGGCGCAAUUGUUUACUGUGUGGGAGUGAAAGAUUUCAAUGAAACGCAGCUGGCCCGAAUUGCAGACAGUAAGGAUCACGUGUUUCCUGUGAAUGACGGGUUUCAGGCUCUGCAAGGCAUCAUCCACUCAAUUUUGAAGAAGUCCUGCAUUGAAAUUCUAGCAGCUGAACCAUCCACCAUAUGUGCAGGCGAGUCAUUUCAAGUAGUCGUGAGAGGAAAUGGCUUUCGACAUGCCCGCAACGUCGACAGGGUCCUCUGCAGCUUCAGGAUCAACGACUCAGUCACACUCAAUGAGAAGCCCUUCACAGUGGAAGAUACGUAUCUGCUGUGUCCAGCGCCUGUCUUAAAAGAAGUUGGCAUGAAAGCCGCACUCCAGGUCAGCAUGAACGAUGGCCUCUCUUUCAUCUCUAGCUCUGUCAUCAUCACCACCACACACUGUUCUGAUGGCACCAUUCUGGCGAUCGCCCUACUGAUCCUGUUCCUGCUCCUGGCUCUGGCUCUCCUCUGGUGGUUCUGGCCCCUCUGCUGCACUGUGAUUAUCAAGGAAGUCCCUCCACCCCCUGCUGAGGAGAGUGAGGAAGAAGAUGAUGAUGGUCUGCCUAAGAAAAAGUGGCCUACAGUAGACGCCUCUUACUACGGUGGGCGUGGCGUUGGAGGCAUUAAAAGGAUGGAGGUUCGUUGGGGAGAAAAGGGCUCCACAGAAGAAGGCGCUAAGUUGGAAAAGGCAAAGAAUGCAAGAGUUAAGAUGCCCGAGCAGGAGUACGAAUUCCCUGAACCUCGAAAUCUCAACAACAACAUGCGCAGGCCCUCUUCCCCCCGGAAGUGGUACUCUCCGAUCAAGGGAAAACUCGAUGCCUUAUGGGUCCUGCUAAGGAAAGGAUAUGAUCGUGUGUCUGUGAUGCGUCCACAGCCAGGAGACACGGGGCGCUGCAUCAACUUCACCAGAGUCAAGAACAACCCACCAGCCAAAUACCCCCUCAACAACGCCUACCACACCACCUCUCCGCCGCCUGCCCCCAUCUACACCCCUCCAGCCCCUGCUCCCCACUGCCCCCCUCCACCCCCCAGUGCCCCCACCCCUCCAAUCCCAUCUCCACCUUCCACCCUUCCCCCUCCUCCUCAGGCCCCACCCCCCAACAGAGCACCACCCCCCUCCCGACCUCCUCCUAGGCCUUCCGUCUAGAACCCAAAAUUUCGUGUUCUGGGCGCUCUCAGAAACUUUGGGGAGGAGGCUCCUCUGUGGUGUUAGAACAAGUCUUGCCAGUUAGAGGAGGCUUCCACUUUAGAAAUGAGUGGGACAAAGCCCACUGACAUUCACACACUUCAAAAAUCGGUUUGCAAUGCCAAUACACCGGAAAUGGUGAUCUGUGGAAAGAAAUCGAAAUUUUGAAUUGCCUGAAAACAAAUGAUGAGGCAACUACAGUCACAUUUAUAGCCAGCGGUCCAUCACCUCUAGAAGGUUCCAGAGAUGGUGAAACUGCCAAGAUGCUCUAAAUGGGAUUCUGUCUCACAGAGACCAGUAAGAAAAUCUUUUCUCUGAGAGUGAAACACAGAGUUGGAAAAGAAGUAAUGUUGCUGGGUUCCUGAAUGCUGCCUUCCUUCCUCCAUUCCAUUUCCAACUCUUGACCCAGGAUCCUUGGCCUAGAAACCAAGGAAUUCUCACCCCUCUGUGCCACCCGUGUAGGCAGAAACCGUUUGCCUACAACUCUGGAAAAGUCGGGGUCCCCAGUGUGGCAAGAAACAACAUCAGACUGGUAUACUGUCAAAAGAAUGUUCUGAGAUUUGCAGAUGAGUAAAAAACUGUGCUUAUCUUUCUUCCAAACUCUCCCAAUUUCCAAAUGAGGAAGAGAGAGGGUGUUUACUGAUGGAAAAAAGUAUGUUGCCAUGUUGAUGUGUAAGUGAAAUCGGCUGUGUGCAUUGACGGGGAGUAUUGAUGGGAGUGUCGGACAGUUUCUAAAACCCACAGCCCAUCAGCAGCUAGAGGUGGCUGGCUUUGGCCAUGCAUCGUCCCCUAAAUCAACAGACAGUGGCAUUGUCAAAGAGCAACCUGUCAAUGAGUCAUGUUAAAAAUCAAAAUUUGGCUUCAGUUUAAAUCACCUGAGAUAUGAAGAAGCGAUUGACCCUGUUUUCUAGAGACAGACAUGUGUUUAUCUUUCCAAAAUGGCAUCAUUAACACCUACCAUACCAUCUCACUGAUGUUUUCUUCUCUCUUGGUAAAGUGUGUGCCAGAGACUUCUAAGCAGAGCUGAGACACAGUGGUCCUGACAAAAGAAGGAAAUUAUCCCAGGUCCUUUGAUUAAUCCAAAAAAAAAAAAAAAAAAGCCAUGCAGAUGUGGAUGCAAAUAUCUUUCUCCUUGGCUUUGCAACAUACUCACAAAUAUGAUUAGCUGUUCACCAAGAUGAAAUGCAUUAGAUAUGCAACACAGAAAUGCUCUGCCUGAAAUUCCCACCAAGGCUAGGACCACCCAAUUCCCCCAGUCUUUAUGAAUCUGUGUUCAUCUGUAAACCCUACAGUCAUUUUCUAAACAUUGGGCUUCAUUACCCAGGGGUGAAAACACAAGUCAUUGUCAAGGGCCUGCUGCUAACUAGCCUGUUCAGAAUUAUCUCCUCCUCCAGCUUUCCAUAGGACCUAAAAUUCCUAUCCAUAUACCCCCUCAAAUUCUUACAUCUUUUCUGGAACAAAACAGAAUAUAAUGUAUAAACUUAAUUCUUGGGGCUUUGGUCUUCAAAGACCCCACAAGAACCCAUCAAGCCAUCAUCCUCCUCUUAGCUCAGAACAGGGCUGUAAUGACAUGGCACAAAUUCUACCAAGGCCUAUCCUUGUAUCCAUGGCAGAUAUUGCUUGUCAAUCAUGGCACUCGUUCCCAUUGAGCCCAAAUAUAUCUUCACAAUCCUUCUCAAAUCAAGACUGCAAAGAACCACCACCCAUCAGUCAGGAUUGAGAGAGAGAGAGAUGAACCCUAUUUUGCAUCCCUACCUUAAAAGCAAAAAAAAAAAACAGUGAGUGUGAGGAGAAUAGGGAAGCCUAACUACAUAAAAUGUACAGUCUGGGGAAAAUAGAUCUAGGCAAAACUCCUUAGUGAGGGACCAUAGGCACUGAACUUGCAGUGCCAAUGCCAAACUGAUACUUCUCCAAGUGUCCCUCGGACAGGCCCUUCUUCUCCCCCACACCUGCUACUUCCAGAGAAUCUCCUGGCCUUCUCACAGAGCUAAAGCAGGUACGGUUUUCAGGACUCAUGAAAGCAACCUCCCCCCUCCUCACUCUCCACCCUGUCACAUCGUCUAUUUUCAGAACACUAGUCUUCUUCUUUGGUAUAAUCUCUCAUGAAGCAGGUGCCAGGAUGUCUCGGUCACCUGCAGUGACAUUGCUGGGCCCCAGAAAAACAUUCCAUAGGAGAAUGAGUUCCCCAGGCUCAUAGCAUAGACUUUGAGCCCAUUACAACUGUUUUGACUGCUGGCAGUACAAAACGGUCCACCCCACACCAUUGCAGCAUGGCUCACUGCUGCCGUGGAAAAGUUCAAACCAAGAUGGCGGGCAUCAGGUGAGAACACAAAAUUCAGGAUCCAAGCAGUGUGGCAACCAGAUGCCCUGUGCAGUUUCCAGGAUGCUGUUUCGGUCAAGUGUUUUGAUGAAAUAGGGAACUGCAAAUGUAUGAUGAUUUUGUAGAGGAUUAGCAGGGUUUGUCCUUAAAACUCACUCACCAUGUCAUCCUUAGUAAUUUAGAAUUACAGUCGAGAAGGGAAAACUUCUAUACACUGUGUGAACAAGGCAGUAUUUUACUAGUAGGUGAUCAACAGUCGGGAAAAUUAUUUAGCUGGUUUAUAAAAUCUAUCAGUACUUGUGUCAUUCCCUGUAAAAGGCAGAAGACAUGUGAUUGUGAUCAGGAAACUGCACAAAAUUAUUUUUUCAACCCCCAUGUAAUUGUCCUCAUGAACUUGUUUGUUUUAAUAAAAACCAAAUUUUCGUUGUAUAUAUUCGUAUUCCAUGUGUUAGAUGGAAGCAUUUUCUAUCCAGUGUGAAUAAAAAGAACGGUUGUAGUAAAUUAUUAUAAAGCCAGUGAUAUUUCAUGGCAGGUUAUUCUACCAAGCUGUGCUUGUUGGUUUUUCCCAUGACUGUAUUGCUCUUAUAAAUGUACAAAUAGUUACAGAAACGACGAGACCCUUGUUUGCACAGCAUUAAUGAGAACCCUGGGUUCCAUGGCCCCCUGUGUUCACAACCGGCUUACAAACAGUUGCUUGUUUGGAGGUUAGCACACACUCCACCGAGACACAAGGUCUCUCUCUUACCAAGGUCAAGAACAGAGCUGGUGGAUAAAUGAAUAGUCUUAGAGAUCUGGCCAUGGGUAAUAACCUCAUUGUAAAUAUCACUAGAAUGGGCAGAGGUGAUCUCGAAGUAUCUUGUACACUCAAAUCCAAACACUAUGUCAGACAGAGGAAAAUCCAUCAAAGAACGAAAAAAUAAUAAUAAUUAGGAGAUAAUGAGCAACAGUUUCAGCCUAGUGCCAACUCAAAAAAAAAUUAAUGCUGUGCGCAAUGGGUUGAAUGAGUUUGCAAACUAUAUAAAGUUAUCUGCAGUAAAACUGUUAACGCACACCAGGUGGGAAUGGGGUGUUCUAGGCAUUUGCCUUUUCUAGUUAUUUGAGCUCUACUAUAUAUCAUACUUGGCUAAACAAUUUAAAAGAAUUAGAAUAUGAUUUUUUUUUUUAAUGCACUUAACAGUACACUCUUCUAAAUCUUUCUUCUUUCUGUGAUAAUUCAAAUGACAGUUAUGGAUCUUCGUGCCUCUGAGUCAUUGUUAUAGAAAUCAGUUAUCACUGCACCAUGCUAUAGGAGACUGGGCUGAACCUGUACAAUGACAAACCCUGAAAAUUGCUUUUUUUAAAAAAAAUAAUAAAUUUCUAAAAUCAAA